GGUAGGGAGGGGCCCCAGGGCGUGGGGGUGGCAGAGACGCUGCUGCCCUGGCUCGGGCCGCGCGCGUAGGGGCCCAGCCCCCCUUGCGGAGCGGGCUGGGAGGGUCGCCGCGGCACGUGGUGGCGAAGGCCGCGCCCAUGUGACUCGUCCCCGCCCGCCUCGCCCCAGCCCCGCGCUCGCUGCAUCCCAGCCGUGCAGGCAGCCGCCGCCGCCACAGGGACCCGGCACCAUGGCUUCUGGAGUGGCAGUGAAUGAUGAAGUUAUAAAGGUUUUUAAUGACAUGAAAGUAAGGAAAUCUUCAACCUCAGAAGAGAUUAAAAAAAGAAAGAAAGCAGUUCUUUUCUGCUUAAGUGAUGACAAAAAACAGAUAAUUGUAGAGGAAGCAAAGCAGAUAUUAGUUGGUGAUAUUGGUGAUACUGUGGAGGACCCCUACACAUCCUUUGUGAAGUUGUUACCUUUAAAUGAUUGCCGAUAUGCUUUGUAUGAUGCCACAUAUGAGACAAAGGAGUCUAAGAAAGAAGACCUGGUAUUUAUAUUCUGGGCUCCAGAAAGUGCACCUUUAAAAAGCAAGAUGAUCUACGCAAGCUCUAAAGAUGCCAUUAAAAAAAAAUUUACAGGUAUUAAACAUGAGUGGCAAGUAAAUGGUUUGGACGAUAUUAAGGACCGUUCAACGCUUGGAGAGAAAUUGGGAGGCAAUGUGGUAGUUUCACUUGAAGGAAAACCCUUAUAGAAAGACAGACAAGUGCCAUCUUGGAUCUAAGGAGCUUCCAUUUUUGCAGCUCGUUCAAUUGGAAUAGUAUAACUCCUGUUCCUCCCCCCACCCCCUCCAAAAAAAAAUUCACCUUUCUACAGACCUGAAGGAGAUGUCAUUAAAUUAAACUGUCUACCAGUGAUUGCCAUUAGAUUCUUUAAUCCUGGUAGUUUUAUAUAGACCCCAAGGAAUGCCUUCAUGUCACACUCUUAGCCAAAACUGACAUUGCGUGCAUUCCUUGCAACUUGUCCAAUGAAUGUGAUAGUUAAUGUGAAUAGUCUAGCAAACAGCAAAGGGUAAGCUAAUUAAAUGCCUUGAAAGUAUUGUCCACUGGUCAGAUGGUAGACUCUAUUCAGUAUUACUUACAGUUGCACUUGAUUGCAGUUCCAUGAGGCUCUUGUGCAUUCAUACACCUCACCUGCCUUGACAAGCCUAUUUUUGUGACAUGGCAGCACACAACACUAUGCAUUUAAAGCACUUUUUUUGUAAUAUUUUUCCCCCCUCCCCCCAAGAAAUGCCAAUUAAGUUGCUUGUACCUGUGUCAUCAACUGGUUGUAGUACCUCGGUUUUCAUUCCUGUUACAUGCAUAUCUUUAUAAAUGAAAUAACUGUUCUGAUGCCUUUUGUUUUCCGUUGAAUGUAUGCUACUGAACAGGAGUAGGAGUUAUGUUUAGCACGUCAGUCUUGGAACACUAAAGUUGUUUUGUAAAACAUCAGUCAUGAUGGCAGUUACUGUGUAAAAAAAGAGCCUUAAAUGGAACACUGUUUUUGAGAUAUAAAAAAAAUGGCCACGUUGCAAUAAAACUUGUGGCUUAUUACAGAAUGUUGCCUUGUUUUCAUUGGAAAAUGUAGUUUGAAGUAUGUUUAAAUUAAGCAUAUUUUGAAUAACUUAACUUCUGUGGAAAGUAUUGUAAAGGUAAACAAUCAUUAAUCUUAGCUUCAGUAACAGUUUUUCUGCCCUAGUCAUAAUGUAGACAUUGCUUUACAGUAAUUUAACUGUUGUGUCCUAUUGGAUAAAGGACCUUAUCCAAGUUUAUAACUAUUUAAUAAACAAGCUGCCAUUGUUAGGGAGUGUUUGAUCCAUAUCUCAUUUGUGUCUGAAGUUUACAAUAUAGGACUUUGUUAUCCAUGCAGUGUGUUUAUUUACCUGAAUUCUCCUACAGUUCUACAUGCUAGAAACAUGCGGUUGUUAAAAUUGUUUCCAAUCUGAUGUGUAAUGGCAGAGAGACCUUACCUUCACAGAAGUGAAUUACAGCAUUUAAACAGUUAAAUCUUUGAUUCUGAAAAUGGUGCAGGAAAACUGUCUCUGUGAAAGAAAUAUCCCAAAUGAAUGGUUCUACUUGUUAACUUCUGUGCAAAAAGAACUGGAAAGUGUUUUCCACUACUAAAUCUUGCGUCAGGAACAUGAUUUGGCAAAAAGCCAAAUACUGCUCUCCUUAUAGAGAAUUUGAUCUGCUCAGUGUGAGCAAUCCUCCCUUAGCCAGAGCUAUUUAUGGCUAACGCAUGCUUUUGGAUCUUGUCAUCGUUAUCCACAAAUGGCAAAACUAGACAUGAUUUUACUGGUAUGCUCAAAGGAACUUUGUUAGGCAGCCAAUCACAGCUAAAAUGUACAUGCUACUAGAAGAAAUACUUUUAUCAUUACCUUAUUUUAAAAAGUCAGAAUUUUUAAAUGUUGAGUAUUUAUUUUCAGUCUCAAAAGCAGAACAAAUAAUGGCAAACACCUUUGUAAACUGAAUAACCAAGCAAUGCUGUAGUCUGGAUCUUCUGUACUGUACAACUUUAAAACUUUGUCAGCUUUCCAGCUGACCCUAUAACUUACACAUUUCAUGUAUGCUAAAUUCUACUACAGUGCAGUUUAACAAAGCAUGCUGACCGUUGACUUGUUAAAUGAGUUAAUGAAUUUAAUUUUUUGUACUACAAAACACUCAAGUAUCUUUCACUGAAGUUGGAAAAAAACCUAAUCUACAUGGGAGUUGUCUACAACGAUCUUUGUUGAUUUCUUAAAUCUUGUGCAUGGAGCCUAGCUAAUAUUAGAAUCUAAUUUGUGCUUAAAAUACAGUACUGUAAUGAACAUUGCAACACCAUGUUCUAUGCCACAAAUUAUCUAUAUAUUGUAAUCAAAUCCAUUUAUAUAAGCAACUUAGACAUCUUCAAAACAAUUCAUAAUUAUGUUAUAUUUUAAUUGAAAUUCCUUUUUAGCCAGCAAUUUAAAGAAGUACUCUGUCUAAAUUUACAUUAUCCUCUGCUACUCAAUGUCUCUAGAGUUUGCAAAUAGUCUUGGAAGAAUGUCUAUGGCUUCUUCUAAAUGGAAUAUUAGGGGAUAUAGGUUUUUUUAAAGCAAACUAAAAUACAUAUAAAAUCUAAGUGUUUAUAUAAAGUCCAGAGCCCUGAACUAAAAUAACUUUUGUAUUAAAGAUGUUAAUUAGUUCUUGAAACAGUACUGAACGAUGUGAAAUCCAAAUUAGCAUAUAGAUACCCUGCCUUUAAAAACAGUGCUACAGAACCACUGCUGAUUGAAUUCUAAAACAAAUGAAAGACAACUGGCAUCUGUUCCAGACUUGUUUGUCAGCUGUUGUUUUCUGUCACAGUUCAAAAUGGGAAAGGCCUCAUUGUGAUUUAGAAGUGAAGGAAAAGCCUCUCAAUCUAAAUAUCUUCUUCUGUAUCUCUCUGGUCUAUGUGACUUUUGGGUAUCUUGGCUUUGGUUAAUUUAUUGAUAAAGGAAUGUUAAAUAAAAGUUUUCGAGA